AUGCGUCUCGGCGCCGCUGUGCCUGUGGAUGCAUCACACAGCAUGCUGGGCUACAACUACCUCACAGGCACGCUGCCCAAGCCGCUGGCGGCACUCAAGGCGUUCGACACGGAGCGCAACUUCCUCUCGGGCACCUUCCCCACCGCCUCGCUUGCCUACUGCUCCGCGCGCGGCAACUGCUUCCUCGACGCCACUGCCUGCUUCAGCAUUGACGAGGUGGACCAGAGGGGCGCGGGCUGCAACAUGUGCGGGUCGGGCAACGGGCAGCUGCCGAUGUGUGGCAGGGCCAUGUGCACGCCAGACCCCUCGGCAUACGUGGCGUCCGAAGUGCCCAACAGCGGCACCGCGCCCACCCUCGCCCUCAAGUGCCCGGCUCUUCCUCUUGAUGCCACCUCCUCGGCGGCGUUGCUGAACAUAGGGGCGGCGCUGGGAGUGACGCACACGGACUGGAGCGCCAGCAGCGGCUGCAAAAUCAUCGGGCAGGCCAUCGCCCCCAAGUCCUGGCCGGGCGUCUGGUGCAGCGGCAGCGGCGCCGUCGUCUCCCUUGUUGUGAACAACUUGAACCUGCGGGGAACCAUCCAUGCAGACAUGACCAAACUCUCCAGCCUCACCUACCUGUAUGUGCAUCACCUACCUCAUCCUCAUCCCCGGACUGUCAUCAUCUCUCUCCCAUUCUGCCACCAUGCUCACCCAUUCGAGCCUGCCCCUCCCAUGCUCACCCAUUUGAGCCUGCCCCUCCCAUGGUCGCCCAACCCCCUCGUGCACGUGAAGCCAUGUGGGGUACAAUCUGCUGUAGCGGUCCGUCUCGCCACCUUCGUCUCCAACAUCACGCCGCUCACUCGCCAUUGUCACUCUGUGCGUCCCCCUUUCGCCCCUCUCCUCGCCCUCGCCACCCUCCUCUCACAUUCUCGCCUCACUGCUGCAUUCUGCACUCCUCUCACAUCCCUCGCUCUGUCUCUGCAGUCCCCUCGCUCUGUCUCUGCAGUCCCCUCGCUCUGUCUCUGCAGUCCCCUCGCUCUGUCUCUGCAGUCCCCUCGCUCUGUCUCUGCAGUCCCUCGCUCUGUCUCUGCAGUCCCCCUCGCUCUAUCUCUGCAGUCCCCUCGCUCUGUCUCUGCAGGCCCCUCGCUCUUGUAUCUGCAUGUCAUUCUUCCUUCUUGCCUUGGCCCUUGA